UUGCUAAUACAUUGUAGCAAUUAAUAUUUUUUACCCAUCAUUAAAACAGGUAGAAUAAGGACAAGAAGAGCACUCCAAUGCUUAACAUUACUAUCCUUAAAAUUAAGGAACUACACAGUAAUUUAUAAUUGCUAUAGAAAUCUAUUUGCUACCCCCUCUAGAAAAAGAACCAGUCAUGAAAUAAGUGUGCCUGAUAAAGGAAUGCAAGGUAGAAUAAGGACAGGAAGAGCACUAAAAUGCUUAACAUUAACAUCUUUAAAAUUAAGGAACUAAACAGUAAUUUAUGAAAAUAAAUAAAUAAUGAAAACAUCCGGGGUAAUGCAAGAGUAAAAGGAUUCUAUCUUGUCAACAUAUGCUGCUUCCUGGGUGAAAGCUUGAACAAUGUAUAUUUUAAAUAUUUUAUUACUUGGGAGUUCUAUAAAGGCUUUUACCACCACUUCAACUGAUAAUGGUAAAUGUGAAGAAUUUACCAAUACUUGCGCAGUUAUCUCAUGCAGUUCACAAAAGUCCGCUGGAUUACCUGGCAGAGAUGGGAGAGAUGGAAAAGAAGGACCAAAGGGUGAAAAGGGGGAUAAAGGACAACAAGGAUCUCGGGGCAGUCAGGGACCUCCAGGAAAGAUUGGUCCACCAGGAGCAAAAGGUGACAAAGGUUCAAUUGGACAAAAAGGAGAACAAGGUGUAAGUGCUACAUCAGAGGUUGAUACUGUCAAGGAGCAGUUGAAAGUGUUUGAAAGAGAGCUACAUCUGCUUCAAGCAAGCCUUAAUAAAUAUAAUAAAAUUCUCCUUUUCCAUGGUGGUAAACAAGCUGGUGAUAAAGUGUUUGUGACCAAUGGUCUUGAAGAAAAUUUUGAAAAUGCCCAGAAGACAUGUAAAGAAGCUGGAGGAAGCUUGGCUAUGCCAAGAAACGCAGUAGAAAAUAGUGCUGCUCAAGAGAUUCUUCAGACUAAGGGAGAGACGAUCAAAGCUUUCCUUGGUAUAUCAGAUUUACAGGUUGAAGGGAUAUUCAAGUACUUGACAGGAGAGAAGAUUACAUUUACAAACUGGAACCUAGGAGAGCCAAAUAACAGCAAAGAUAAUGAAGACUGUGUAGAGAUCCAGGACAAUGGGAAAUGGAAUGACAUUCCAUGCAAUUUACUGCGACUAGUUAUCUGUGAAUAUCAAUAGAAUAACUUUAAAUUAUGGCAGAUGUAUAUGUAUAUUUUCUAAAAUAAGUGUAUGCAAUAAAAAAACUGAAAGUAAUUUAAUAUUAGAAACA